GAUUUUCUCCGUUCUCAGUAUCAGAGUAGACUUUGGCCGAAGCACGUUGGAAGCCUCGUCGAGAGGUGUUUCGGUACUGUUGUUAUUGCUGUUGCCAGCGGUGUGGUGUGCGCGCGUGUGUGGUUAGUCAUACCGGAGGGGUAGUUUUGUUCGCUGCUGGUUUCUUCACCCCCCGUUUGCAGCGGCGCAAGUUUGCGCAGCAGUUCCGUGCGAGUGUUGUGUCGGGCGUUGUGUACCGCCCGUUACCAAGGAGCCGUGUGCCUAACUGACUGUGUGUGUGUGUCUGUGUGUGCCUGUGUGUGUGCCUGUGUAUAGAAUAUACGAGGGCAUCUCGUGUUUUGUGCCCCCUGCCGUCGAGAUACAGCCGCCCGUCGUAGAAAACGGAACAUUUAAGCUGUGGUGUGCAAACGCGAUCGCGUCCCUUGUUUGCUGCUGGUGGGCACAGUUUCGGCACCAUUCCUUGAGCCUGCCGUCGUGUUUGAUGCGAGUGAACCGUUAUGACGCAUGGAUUCGAUGAUGCGAAGUGUGCAACCGAGUGCAGUGCAGUGCCCGGUGGCCUCGCAGCGCCAGAUGUAACAUAACCGAGUACCGGCGGUACGCAAAGAGACGAACGGUGCCCGCAAGAAGAGAAGAGUGUAAAAAGUUGUGCAGAAUCAGUGUUGUGUACUAGAAGAUGCUUCCUGCUGUCCCCAAACGGCACGCUAACCCAAUCGUUCAUCGAUCAUCUAAGGAUUAUAAUAGGCAAAUCGUGCGCACAGCUAACCCGUCGUCGUUGUCGUCGUCUUCGUCGUCUGUGUCCAUAAGCUAAAACUUGUACUAUUCCUCAUCGCCUAAAACCUACUACGCGCUACCUAAACUACUACCACCACUACUACUAAGCUCCUUCUCUCUAACCAUCAUUCUAUCGCUUUGUACGUUGCUGACCAACUUUCUGAACCUAAGCUAAAACAGAGAGAGAAAGGGAGGGAGUUAGAGACAUUGUGACUCACUCUCGCCGACUCCUCCCAAGAGUGGCCUCUAAUCGUAAGCUCACACCCAUCGUCAAUUUCAUAUCCGCACAUGGAUGCGCACAGCAAAUUGAAGCCCACCCUCGAGGACUACAUCCUAGAGAUGGAAACCAGGCCACCCGACAGCGGCCAGGUCAUGGAAAAGGACGUGUGGGCGCAGCUGCACCAAAAGGAGGCCGAUCUGCUGCUGGCCGCCGAGCUCGGUAAGGCACUGCUCGAGAAGAACGAGGAGCUGAAGAAGAACCAGGAAAAGCUGAUCGAUGACUACUCGGCAAAGGUUGAGAACUUGGAGCAGGAAAAGUACAUCCUAAAGCGACAGCUGGAAAUUAGCUCGAGCGAAAAUGAGGCAAUCAUACUGGAGCUGCAGGGCGACAUCAAGCAGUUCCGGCAGAAGCUGGAAGCGCAGGAGCAGAUCAUGCGCCAGAUGGAGCGCGAGAAGAACAUGCUGAUCGAGGAGCUGACGGCGCAGAACACGAGGCUCUCGAACGAGCUGCAGAAGUCGAACGCGACCGAGCAGCAGCUGACGGCCCAGCUGCAGGAGAUCAAGGAGCAGUGCAAUCGCCGAACGCUCAGCAUACAGGACCACGUCAGCAGUCUGGAGAGCUUGAAGAACGAGCUGCGCCUGAUACUGGAGAAGAAGAACGAGCUGGAGAACCGGCUCCACAUGACGGUGAACGAGCGGGAGAACCUGUCGAUCGCGCUCAAUGAAGCGUCCGAGCGGAUACACAUCCUGGAGCGCAGCACGAAGGAGCAGGACACCAAGUACCAGAUGACGGUGCAGACGCUCGACCGGUUGGAGCGCGAGAAUGGAACGCUGAGCGAGCGGUUGGAGUCGUUCGAUUCGCAGCGAUCGCUGCACGGCGAGCUGCAGCAUCACUCCUCGCUGCUGCAGGAGAUGAACGGCGAGGAGGAGUGUGCGGGAUCGAAGGACGAAGCGAGUCAUCUCGUCCUGAAGGAGGCUCAGUCGGUGUACAAACAGCUAAAGACACUAUGCCAAACACUGCGCAGCACGCAUCACGAUGACGAUUCAGGUCUCCAUUCGGACAUGUCCUUCUCGUCGCUGGACAACACGAUGGCGCCCGUAUCGAUGGCGGCCCCGAACUCGGUGACGGAAGCGACCAGCGCCAGCAUGACCGUGAACGAUAAGUUUAGCCGCGGCAUGCUGUCCGCCGUCGCCGACGAGCUCGUGCACACCAUCAUGAACCUGGACGCGAUGCAGUUCAAGACGAUGUUCGAGCAGACGCGAUCGAUGCUGAUCGAGCAGGAGGAGGAGCUGAAGAAGAAGAACGACGUCAUUAUGCAGCUGGAAAGCAAGCUGUCGGUGCGGGAAGUGGAACUGCAGAGUACGAUCGAGGAGCGCAACCAGGCCCGGGAAGAUGCGUCCCAUUCGAGCCUGGCCCAGGACGAGACGGUCGUGCAGGCCCGCAAGGACCGUGACGCUGCUAUCGAGCGACGUACAAAGGCGGAGGUGGAGCUGGCCAAGAACCGGGUGGAGCUGAUGCAGGCCAACAGUCAGCUGCUGGAGGCGAUCCAGCAGAAGGUCGAGCUGCUGCAGCAGCUCGAACAGUGGCAGAUCGACAUGCACGAGCUGAUCGAGGAGCAGAUGAAGAACAAGCUGAUCGAGUCCAGUACAAAGCCGCAGCAACAUCAGCAGCAGUCGCAGCAGUCGUCCGGCGCCUCGACGACCGGCAGCCGCAAGAGCCGGCUCCUCGAUCUGUUCUACCACCGAUGAAACGUGAGCGGUCGGCUGACGUAAGGGCACAGUAGAUCGGGAAAGCAUCCAAGCGAAUGUUAAGGUUCACUGAUGCAUUUAACUUAUGAUGGUAAAGCACGACUAGCUUUGGACGCGUAUCCGAUCGUACCUCGAUUAGAAACCACCUGCAGCCAAACUGAGGAGACGGCGGAAGAGGCGAUCCUCUCUUCCCUUCCCCCUCAAGAAGUUUGGAAUAAGUACGGUGCUUUCCAUAACUGCCUCGCCAAUACAACCUCUCGCCUUCGACCCACCUGGAUCGAUGGGGUACGCGCGUGUCUUGUGGCGGUUUUGUUGAUGUUUCUUGUUUGGAAUGUUUUUGCCACGUGGGCGAAUGGGUGUGUUAGCUCACGUAAUAUCUAGCUGGAUGGAGACACGGAGUCGAGUCAAAGGUGUACGUGAAUGAGCGCAGCCAGCAAGAAACACGGCUGGGCGACAGUUUAGAGUAAUUUUAAUUUUAUUCAUUUGACGUAGGCAAAGCGGUAUUCUUAAUUUACCCCUGAUUAACACCUUUAUGUGUCGCUAACCAAAUCUUAUCGUUAACGUAUCAUAUCGCGAAAAAGGGAGGAGCAGGCCCAAGAGAUUCUAGUGCCCCGGGACGGUGUGUAGCGCGUCGGGUUUGGUUUUCAAUUGCAAGGAAGUAGUACGCUGCGCAAAUGUGAUAGGAAUUGGAAAAUGCAGACAAACCGGUGCACGCGAAUUGGUAAAAGCAAAAACAAACACACACAAGUUGAAAUCCACGGCAAAUAAAUAAAAAAAAACACACACAAACGGUGGCCUUUUCGUUCGAACGCAAGUGAUAUACACGCGAGAGCUGCUUUACUACGCGAUAGAUAACAAGUGAGAGUUACUAACGUGGCGCAUACUAUGUACACUAAGUAGAAAGAUUCAGAGUGAUUCGGGAUAGCGUUGGCGUUCCACUGUAGCAACUGGGAAUGGAAUGGAAAGUAGUAUAAUAUAACUUUUUCUACGAGCGUUGAAAGCUGUCGCUAGAACUGGAGUCGGUGGCAAUGCAGCGGAGGCGCAGCAGGACAAUGAAUAAUAUUUUGUAUAUACUCUUAUUGCAGCUAAAUGUGAAGAAUAAUUUAACAAUUUUUAAAAUGAGA